UUGACUCCUGCGUGUCUUUGGUAUAUCCUGCCCUUGAGCGGAAGUGUAUAGGAUUCUGCUUUUCUGCUGAAUCUAAAUCAGUCGUUUAUAAAGGAGACGGGGCGAACACCGUCUGCAUUUCUUCCCACACCAUCACCAUCAGCUUGGCUCCAUCAGCGUCGCUGUGCACCAUUUACUGUAGCUACAUAUCAGCACGGGACAUGCGCUAUCAGGUCUGCGCAAUCGACGUAAACGCCUGCCUGGACACAGGAGAGGAUUAAGUUACUGCUGCUGGCGGCGGAUUAUUUUAUUGGCCUCCUCCUGUCACGCCCGAUUCUUUGGUGAUCCUUUUUUCCAAUUAGGAGAGGUCGAAAGCCAGAGACAUGUCUUUCCGUCGAGGUGUGGUCAGGCAGAGCAAGUUCCGCCAUGUCUUCGCCCAGGCGUGGAAAGCGGAGCACUGCAUCGAUGACGUCCGAGUGUCCCGCGUGACUUGGGACACUUCCCUCUGUGCGGUCAACCCCAAAUUCAUCGCUGUUAUCAUCGAAGCCGGCGGAGGAGGGUCCUUUCUCGUUGUUCCAAUCAGCAAGAGCGGCAGAAUUGAUCAGUCCUCUCCCACAGUGUGCGGCCAUGCAGCACCGGUGCUGGACAUCCAGUGGUCCCCUCAUGACGACAACAUUAUUGCAAGUGCCUCAGAGGACUGCACAGUCAAGGUUUGGCAGAUCCCAGACGGGGGCCUGACGAGCCCGAUGACUGAGGCCAUUGUGACCCUUGAAGGACACAGUAAAAGAGUGGGAAUCCUGGCUUGGCACCCAACUGCCUUCAAUAUCCUCUUGACUGCAGGCUGCGAUAAUGUGAUUUGUGUGUGGAACGUGGGCACAGGGGAGCUUGUGUACCAGCUGAGUGAUUCCCACCCAGAUAUGAUCUACAGUGUCGGCUGGAACAAGGACGGCAGUGCCGUCUGUACCGUCUGCAAGGACAAGGCUCUGCGUGUCAUCGACCCGCGACGGGGCACCGUCCUCAAGAUGAAAGAGAAGGUCCACGAUGGCACCAGGCCAAUGAGAGCUGUGUUCCUCUCAGAUGGGAAGAUCCUGACCACAGGCUUCAGCCGUAUGAGUGAGAGACAGAUGGCAUUGUGGGAUCCAAAGGAUCUUUCUGAGCCAAUGGCAGUGCAGGAGAUGGAUACAAGUAAUGGGGUUCUUUUACCCUUUUAUGACCCUGACACGAACAUGGUCUACCUGUGUGGAAAGGGGGACUGCACCAUCCGUUAUUUUGAAGUGACGGAUGAAUCCCCGUAUGUUCACUUCCUCAGCUUAUACAGCAGCAAGGAGCCUCAGAGAGGUGCAGGCUUUCUUAGUAAAAGAGGUGUCGAUGUCAACAAGUGUGAAAUUGCCAGGUUCUACAAACUGCAUGAAAGAAAAGUGGAACCCAUUUCUAUGACUGUACCACGAAAGUCAGAUCUGUUUCAGGGAGACCUUUACCCGGACACAGCUGGCUCAGAGCCGGCUCUCCUGGCUGAUGAAUGGAUCGCUGGGCAGGAUGCGCCGCCCCUGUUGGUCUCUCUGAGUGGUGGGUAUGCAGCUCCUCCAUCCAAGCACAGAGACAUCCUCAGAAGCAAACCCAAGCUCGUCUUGCAGGACUCUGGGACCGCCCCGCCUUCUGCAGGCAAUGCAGCAGCUCCCACAUCUACAUCUUGCUCUGCCGCCAAGGAGACCGAAGAAGAGGUGCCACAGUCACGAGUAGCCACAAGGGAGACGGAUGGAAACACUGAGAGGCCAAAGAGAGAGGACGAUUUGUUGAAUGAGCUGUUAGCAGAAAUGAAGGCCUUGCGUGCUGUUGUCCUCGCUCAGAGCCAGAGAAUCGAGUUGCUAGAGAGGCAGCUGGCUCGGAUUGAGGAUGGGGAUGUAUGAGCGAGACGGAGAACCACUACAUUCGGACAGCGUUCUUACUAAAUCCAUAGACCAUAGCCUUACUAGAAUCAACAGUAACUUGAGCUGUGGGCUGUAACUUGAGUGGAAGAAUGUAGUGUAGGGUAGCGACUAGCUGUAAAUCACAGUGGCUUACGACCAGGUCAACUAUUGUGAUGGAAACGAGACCACAAUUUGUUUCUGUGCUUGUUUUCCAGACUGGAUGAGAAUGGGGUGUCAUCUGCAUAGAGAGAUUUCUGAUCGUGAGAUAUGUUUUGUUUUUCAUAUGAAGGAGUAUUGUAGCAGCUAUUUGGUGGCAAGUAUAGUGCAGCUUUGAGCUUUGCAUAAUCCCCACACUAAUUUUGAAGGGCUUUGAAGGUGUUGCAUUGCCUCAAGUUAAUGCACAAAGUAGUGAAAAGAAGCAUUAUAUUAAAGUUAAUGGAGGUUACUAUAGCAAAGUGAUUUAAGUACCUCCAAUAUGAUUUUCUUUCUCUAAAGCACUCACAAAUGUAACCGUUAGGGCUAUUUAAUCCAGGUAGUUAAAGCUGCUGAACUGUGAUGUCAUAACAGACCCCCAAUUGUUAGUUCAUUGUGUGACUUGUGCUUGUUUUACGCCAUGUGUAAGUUUAACGGUAGGAAAAUAUUUUGGUACACAAAUCAUGACCUUGACAGUGAGAAUUAUGUGACUGAUAGCUGAUGAGAGUGUAGUUGAAUAUGUAUGUGUAUCGUAAUUCUGUGUAGUCUUUGAAGUCUUUGAAGUCAAUGAAAAGGUAACACUUGUGAUUUUGUACCUCACGCUAUCGGGAGAGAGCUGCAGCUUUGCAAACAUUUCUGUUAUAUCACAAGGCAAGAUAUUUGUCCACGUUAUUGAUUUAAAUACGCAGAAAUCAUGCCUUUUUCCUUUUGGCUGCAGUAUCUUGUGCCCCCCCCCAAAAAAAAAAAAACAUGAUCUCGAGUGUAGUCGUCACUUCUAAGCAUCUUUUCAGAGCCGUAA